GAAUCGAUUCGCACAUUUGAAUUCAAUCACCUGUUUUAAGAAAUCAUUUUGGUAUUCGAACUGAAUCCAUAUCCUUGUAGGAGGUGAUUUGCGAUUCAUCUGUUUACCAUUGGAUUUUCAGUGUUCUGGUGCCGUUAGUUCAAGAGUCGGUUAUGGAAAAAUUCAAGCUGUCAGAAUUACUGGAGUAUCAAACUGCGUAUACGCAAAUUUUAGACUAUGAAUGCGAACUGGAAACAAUUUUAGCCAUAAAAAAAGAUGAAAACUGGCCACUGAGACGCCAAAUGUCUGCAGCAUGGCUGAAAGGUUUAAGUGAUGAAUACAAAAUAAAUCUAAAUUCCAAAGAGUCUGCUACUAAAAAAUCUAAUCGACUACGCGAAGAAGGAAAUGUUUUUUACUGCUCAAAAUCGCCAAGCAAAACUGAAAAUAUGUUCAAGGCAGGACAACAAUAUACCCUAGCUAUAUUCGCAGCAGCGCCUUAUACGGAAGCGUUGGCUUUAGCUUUUGCUAAUAGAGCAAUGGUGUUGCAAGAAUUGGGGUACUAUAGACAGGCAUAUGAUGAUUGCAUAUGUGCACUUGAAACAAAUCAAUACCCAAUGAGACUUAUACAUAAAAUUAAAAUACGUCAGGCAUUUUGCGUCUAUUAUUUGCAAGAUGCUAAAAAAUUAGAAUUACAUCUAACCGAAUUAGAAAAGUGUGGCUUAAAUGAAAGCUAUAAGCAAAGAGUAGAUGAAUUGCAGAAAGGAUUAAGCUCUAUAGCAAACGAAAUUAUUAAGGAAACACAAGACAAUGACAAGGAGGAUAUGUCACUUACUGAAACUACAGAAUUCAGAGUAGACUCAAAAGAUGCCACUCGCGGAAGAUACGUGGUUGCUAAGCGAGAUAUUAAAUCGGGAGAAAUAAUUUUUCAUGAACGAAUCAGUGCUUUUGUACCAGUGGAGGGCACACAAAUAUGCCAGCAAUGCGGAUCUGUAUUUAUCAUUCCCAUACCGUGUCAUGCAUGUAAUGGUAAAGUUAUUUACUGUUCCCUAAAGUGUCGAGAAGAUCAAGCAAAAGUUCACCAAAAUGAAUGCGUAGGAUAUUGCCUUGGAUUAUUUGAACAAAUAGGCAUUUCACAUUUAGCUUUAAGGAUAUUGUUGGAGGAAUUUCCACAAAUUUCGCCAAUAUUAGCUCAUGAAAGUGAUAUAAAAAACGUGUGGAAAGAGCUAACAACCGAAACAAGCCACUUAAACACUAAAACUGAAGUGAACUAUGUUAAAAGUCUACGAUUGGUUUCGCAUUUCCAAAAAAUGUCCUUGUCCAAUAAAAUAUGGUUUGCUGUUAUUGCUGAUCUAUUAGCUGUAUAUCUAAAAGAGUACACACCCUUUUUUCAUAAUACCAGUAAAAGUAAAAUUAAGCAGAGCGACUGGGAGUCGCUCAUAAGUGCUUUAAUAUUGCGUCACAUUGGCCAAUCCAUUUCAAAUGCGCAUACAUGUUCCUCUAUCGCACCCACUUGUUACGAUAUAAGAUCCUCCACAGUUAAGUAUGGAUUUCUUUUAUUGCCUAAUAUGUGGACGAAGCCUUUUCAUCUACGUCAGGGUAUGUUGCACGUCCUUGGUGAGGUUGGAGAAGUAUCUGCAGCAAAUAUACCAUAUCUUAGUAUGUUGAAUCAUGCCUGUAACCCCACUAUACGUCCAAGAUUCUCAGGAAGGAAUUUCUCUGCUUUGGCUGAUAGGGAUAUUGAAGAGGGUGAUGAAAUAUAUAAUUGUUAUACUUUGACCUAUCGAAACUCGAUGAGUGUUGUUCGAAGGGAUUUAUUGAAAGAAAUGUAUCAUUUUAAUUGCGAGUGCGUGCAUUGUCAGCAGAGUGAUCCUGAUGCGGCUUACCUAGAAUAUCAUUUAUAUAAAUGUCAAAAUCCAAAAUGUGGUGAAAAAUUUGUACCCACGCCUGACAAAGAGGAUUUACAUAUAACGCUCCAUUGGUGGAAUCGAUCAGAAGACGAUGAGACUGGUCUUAGGGAUGGAAUAAUUUGCUCGAUAUGCUCAACGAAACAGAACAUUGAAUGGUAUUUUAGAUUUAAAAGUUUACUUCAACAUUCUAAUAGCAAAGAAAAUCGUUUGGAGCUUUUAAAACUUUAUGAUAAGGCUGAUGGCAUUCUAUUGGGGUUCCACUCAUUAAAGUUACAAAUGGCAAGCGAUUUGGUGAAUUUACUUAUUGAAUGCUAUAAAGGUAGCGUCGAGACCACAGAUCUGGAGUUUUGCAGAUUUGUAAAUAUUCUGAAGUUUGCAAUGAGCGUUACUGCAGAUAAAUGGGGCCAACAAUCGCUUGAAUAUGUAGCUAUAAUGAGUGUAUUGUGGGAUUUAAUAGCUAUGAAUAAAUACCAAUGUACCCAAUUAGAGUUAAACGAUAUGGUGAAAGCACUUGAUGUUGUUGAUGAAGAAUGUAGAUUACUUUUUAUGAAUUAUUAUAAGGAUUAUAUUUAUAAUAAACAAAUAAAUAUGGAGAAAUAAGCAAUUGUUAGAUUUCCUAAUUUGUAACG